AUGGCCCCGCCGCGCGGCGUCCCGUCGCCUGGCAACGCCUCACGUGGUCCUCACGAGGCCGCUGAUUGGCCAGACAGGCGCUCCCCCGCCCGCCUCGAGCCCGUUCCCUCCCCGCCUCCUAUUGGCCGCCGAGUUAAAGCCCCCGGCGCCGAUUGGCGGCGGCUGCACGCGGAGGGUUUGAACGCGCGCUGCACCGCGGCCGUCGAGCAGGACGCGGGGCUGUACGCCGAGCUGCACCGCACCGCGGCCGUGGAGCAGGACCCGGAGCUGCACCGCACCGCGGCCGUGGAGCAGGACGCAGGGCUGGACGCGGAGCUGCGCUGCACCGUGGCCGUGGAGCAGCCGCUGCCGGGGGCACCGGCUCCGCGGCGCCGCCUGAUGCGGGGCGCGCUGGUGCUGCUGGGCCGCAACGAGCUGCGGCAGCCAGUGCUGCGGGUGGUCGGCGGCCGCGGCGGGGCGGCGGCGGCCACGCUGAGCUUCGUGCUGGCCGGGGACGCCGUGCGGCUCUUCACGCGGUUCGCGGGCGAGGGGCGGGCGGCGGUGCGGGUGGGGCCGGGCGGUGCCCAGGUCCUGCUCUCCGACUGCCCCCCGCACGCGCUGCGCCGCUUCCUCCGCCUGCUGCGCCUCAAGGUCGCUGCCGGGGCGCCCGGGGCGCAGCGCGUCCCCCGCCUGACGGAGCGGCCACCGGCGGCCUUCGCUGUCAUCAGCCCUCUGCAGGAGCGCGACCUGCUGCGCGCUCCCGGCUGCCGCCGCGACGCCGAGGCCCGGGGGGAACGCUCGGUGGAGGUGCCCCGCGCAGAGAGGCGGCCCCCGGUGAGGCUGUCGGCGGAGCAGGAGGCCGUGCUGGGCGCCGUGCGGAGCGGGAAGAGCAUCUUCUUCACCGGCUGUGCAGGUAACGGGGCUGGGUGGCUGUCUCUAGGGCGUCCUCGGGCCUCGCCGCCGACCUGCUUCUUCUCCCUCCUCCCAGGGACCGGGAAGUCGUUCCUGCUGAAGAAGAUCGUGGGCUCCCUCCCCCCGAAGAGCACCUACGCCACAGCCAGCACGGGAGUGGCCGCUUGCCACAUCGGCGGCACCACUCUUCACGCCUUUGCAGGGAUCGGUUCUGGGAAGGCACCGCUGGAGCAGUGUAUUCAGCUGGCAGAGAGGCCUGGGGUGAGGCAGCACUGGCUGGCCUGCCGGUGCUUAAUUAUCGAUGAGAUCUCCAUGGUGGAUGGCCAGUUCUUUGAUAGGUUGGAGGCAGUGGCACGGGCAGUCAGAAAACGGGAUGAGCCUUUUGGAGGAAUUCAGCUAAUCAUCUGUGGGGACUUCUUGCAACUACCCCCUGUCCGCAAGGCUAAUGAAGAAACCAAGUUCUGCUUCCAGGCAAAAAGCUGGAGGAAAUGCAUCCACAUAAACAUGGAGCUGACUGAAGUGCGGAGACAGACCGACAAGACCUUCGUCUCACUCCUGAAUGCAGUCCGUUUAGGCAGGUGCACAGAAGAGGUUACCAGCCUGCUGAUGCAAACUGCUACUAACAAGUCUGAGCGUGAUGGGAUCCUGGCUACACGGCUCUGCACCCAUAAAGAUGAUGUAGAAAUAACUAAUGAGAGGCGCUUGCAACAGCUCUCAGGAGAAGUGCACACUUUUGAGGCUUUGGACAGUGACCCCAUGCUAGUGAAGUUAAUUGAUGCUCAAUGUCCUGUGGGUGGUAGAGUUGAACUAAAGCUUGGAGCUCAGGUGAUGUUAGCUAAGAAUCUGGAUGUGUCUCAAGGACUGGUGAAUGGGGCCCGAGGAGUGGUUGUAGGUUUUGAAAGUGAAGAGAAGGGGCUGCCUAAGGUUAGAUUUCUUUGUGGGGUCACACAAGUCAUCAAAACAGAGAAAUGGGUCUUUAAAGGACCAUCAGGAGUUCAUCUGAGUCGACAGCAGUUGCCUUUAAAAUUGGCAUGGGCCAUUUCUAUUCACAAGAGUCAGGGCAUGUCUUUAGAUUGUGUUGAAAUCUCCCUGUCUCGUGUCUUUGAAAGUGGACAGGCUUAUGUAGCCCUUUCCCGAGCCCGUAGCCUUGCUGGUCUCCGUGUUCUGGAUUUUGACCCUAAAGUAGUCAGAGCUGAUCCUGCUGUGUUGCAGUUCUAUAGACAGCUGAGAUGUCAUCAACUUCUAGCCCAGGGUUCACUACACACCCAUUCAAGCACUGAUGAGAAGGAGAACUGGAAAUGCAGCUGAGAACAUUCUUCUGGCCUCUGAGGUGUCAACACAGGCUACUGAGUUGCAACAGUCUCACUAUGGAGUAUGUUUGAAAACACAGUUUAAGACAAAGGAUUUUUAUUUUUUUUUCUAGUCUUUACUUCAUUCAUCUGACUCGGGAUGAGUCAAAGCCUCCCUGUGUCAUGCCACUGAAAUCUGGAAGGCUUCUGUAGCCCUUUUGUGGGCCCACAGUCGUGAGUACUUCUGUGUCACAGAUGCGACUCUAGCAAACAAAACAGCUGACCAAGGACAUGUCUGAGGGACCCUCCUACUGUUCUGUCCUGCCUGCCUGGUUGUAUUGUGCUCUCCACAUGUGUAGACUGAAGCUUGUGUGCUACAGUUGAGACCUGGAAGGCGUGUGUGUCCUCUUUGCCUGGAUGGAUUGCACCUGCUCACAAGAGCUGCUGACACAAGGAAAAACAGUCUUAAAAAUCUGGAAUAUAUGCUUCAUUCUUCAGUAAGUGAGGAGCUGCCAGGAGCUGGACUAUGACUUUUUAGCAUGUUGGAUGUUCUUGCCUUCAAGAUGUUUAACACCAGGAGACUGGUGCAUAACCUCAUCCACAAACACAACUAGGAGUUAAACAUUCCCAUUAUGCUGAUACAUAGCCUUUAUUAUCUGUUGCAUACAAUUAGAUGUGAUUUUAUUUUUUUUUUAACUUUCUGAAAUGAGCUGGCACUGUUAAAAGGUAGGACUUAUUCCCAUUUUUAUACCCAUAAUUGUGGAGCUACAAGAAUCAUGAAGAUCCAUUAGCCCAUUAGCAAGAAAGGGAGUGAAAGGAAAUGGGUGUUUAAACCCAUGAGGCUCCCUUAAAUGGGAGGGAGUUUCUCCUGGAAACAACCUAUCUGACUAAUCAGGUGGAAGCUGAGUGUGCAAUCAGGGAAUGAAAGCCAAGGAUAUGCAAAGUGAGCUGUAACUUCAUCUAUUUAAACAAAAGCAGUGGUGAGCAGAAGUAAUAUACUGUCUUUCUGAAGUCUUAAUAAAGAAGAAACCUUGGUCUUUGUAUUUUAGCACAUUGCUUAAAACUUAAGUAACUUGUGUAUUUUUAAAUGUUUAACAUGUGGGAAUAAUGUGAAAUAUCAACAUUCAGCUGGAAUUCAUAUCUUGUAGGGUAGUGUAUCCGUAACAAAGCUUCUGCAGUCUGAGAGAGUUAAAGGCCACUUCUUGGUAGCUGCUCUUAAAGCCAGAGAAGAAUAUUGACUAGCCAGUGGUUAACAUAAGAGAAAGCAGACUUCUGGUAGAAUUUCAAAAUGUAUGUAAGUGGGGUUUGCUUUUUUUUUCUGGGCUUGGGGCGUAGAGCUUCACAGAAGGUAAUGGUAGAAGAAAAAUGUGGGAAUUAUUUAGAGCUACCUAUUCUAUAAAAGGUGUUCUUAAAUGUAUUGGCAUAUGGAUUCUUCAACGAAGUGUGGUGGAGAUGGAAUUACUUGAAGCUGGUACUGGAGUCUGGGGAAGGUGGGAUGCUUCCUCUCACACUGCAGGCUGUUACUGGCACUACCUCUAGUCCUUCCGACUCUCAUUCAAUUUCUGUUUGUGUAUGGGUAUAAAUACACUUAUAUUUGCUAAACAACACCUUCUAAUCCUUUGAGCUUGACUUCAGUUGUUUGUCCACCUUGUGGAGGACUGAAAAAUGACCUUUCCCUGCCCCUGGGAAGGAGAGUGCCAGCUUUACUGCUGGGGGAGAGGAGCACUGGGGUGACCCCUUGGCCCAGGGCUC